AUCUGAUGUUUGAUACGCGCCUGCCUGGUGGAGAACAAGCCCGUAUUAUAAAUACCAUGGACCGAGUGUAAAGUUUGCACAGAUGGAAUAUCGGAAUGGUGAUGAAACUGAGAAUACUUUGAAAAAUCAAUUCAGGACGACGCCAUGCACUACAAGCAUGUUACGUAAUCACAAGCUGUUUAGUUUUGUGGAAGAAUCGUGUCAUGUUUUCUGUGUAGUGUAGCAACGUGAAUAGCUCUCUCACUAUUUUGUUGACAAGUCUUGCAUUACGCGAACGCAUUAAUAGUGCGUUUGAAGGGAUUUACACUGAAGUUACAUUAUACAUUAUUUACCGUCAACAAGGAGGAUUUCGUCUAUUCUAGCAUACAUUUAACAUUUGAUUGCUGAACAAGUUUUGUGUAAUUUCAUAUUAAAAUAUUUGGAGGAACGUUCGAUUGCCGAGCUGUUCAAAAGUCACACCAUUCGUCACUAGAAGUUAAAAGCGACCCUGCAAACGCUGUGGUGAAGGCAUACUGAUCUGGGCAAAAUAACGACUACAAAGUAGGAUUUAAAAUGGCAAGACGAGGAGAAGAGGAAAAUAUUGAAAUGGGGGUCAUUGGAAACACAUCUACUUCUGAUGAAGGAUUGGGCUGCUGUGGAAUCAUUCUUGCAAUUGUGUCGAUAAUACUCGUGAUUUGCACGCUACCCCUUUCACUUUUUGUCUGCAUAGUAGUGGUUCAGGAGUAUGAGAGAGCAGUUAUCUUUAGACUUGGACGUCUCUUGUCUGGUGGUGCUAAAGGUCCAGGUCUCUUCUUCAUCCUACCUUGCAUCGAUGAUUACAAAAAGGUAGAUCUUCGCACCAUUUCAUUUGAUAUUCCUCCUCAAGAGAUUCUGACCAGGGAUAGUUUGACCAUCUCUGUGGAUGCUGUGGUCUUCUACCGUGUCAAGAAUGCUACCAUCAGCAUCGCCAAUGUGGAAAACGCAGACAAGUCCACCAGACUUCUGGCUCAGACGACACUUCGUAAUGUCCUGGGCACCAAGAACCUAGCUGAGAUUCUUGCAGAACGUGAAGGCAUCAGUCACUACAUGCAGUCCACCCUCGACAAUGACACCGACCCUUGGGGUAUCUUAGUAGAGCGAGUUGAGAUCAAAGAUGUUCGUUUACCAGUCCAGCUCCAGAGAGCCAUGGCUGCUGAAGCUGAAGCUUCCAGAGAGGCUAGGGCUAAGGUGAUUGCUGCUGAAGGAGAACAGAAUGCUGCUCGUGCUUUGAAGGAAGCUGCAGAUACUAUGGCUGAAUCUCCAUCGGCUCUUCAACUGAGGUACCUACAGACCCUUAACACCAUCUCAGCCGAGAAGAACUCCACUAUCAUCUUUCCACUACCCAUCGAUCUCCUCAAAGGUAUCCUAAAGUAAAUAUUAACCCAAACUGUUUCAUAAUCGGAGAAAAUUAGGGAUGUCGACAGUUGAUGCUAUUUGAUUAAUUUCGAUACGGUUUUCGUAGAGUCAAUACUUGUAGGUAGUUGUCCCAUCCAUCAAUUAAGGAUCUGUAUAUGACCAGCUUUGCUUGUGAUUCAACUCCCAGCUACCGGUGUGAUUGACAAGGUCAAUGCAGAUACAAUGUGGCCCUCAAGUAUUAGUCAUCCCUUUGACGCUGACAAAAUAAAUUAUUUAAAAAUCUUGAAAUAAAAUAUUCCACUAGAAUUUGAUAUUUCAAUAUCUCAUUAAUAAGACUUUUGGAAGUGGUUGGUUGCCUUCAUUCUUUAUUGAAUUAAAAUACGCUUGUCAUGCAAGAUUUCUUAUCUGUUCAUCUGUACGUAUACAAGUAUGAUUACCAAUAUUGUAGUUUACGCAAUCCACUUUUCUGCCAUCGUUAGAACGAAAAUUCGAUGAUGAUAAUGUUGUUUAACAAGUUUAUUGAAAUUGUGAUUACAGUUUACAUUAAUUAUUCCUAUAAUUUUAUUUAUAUCUAUACAUGUUGUGAUAAUCAAACUAUUUUGUUUGUAUGAAGUGAAUACUGAAGCCUUUUUCCAAUUUCUGCUUACAUUAAAUGUUAUUCUCGUAUAUAGGUGACCUGUUUGUUUUUUGUUUGACUGUCUUAAUUUAUUCACGGUUUUAUAAAAAACAAUAUACACAGACACAAGCCGUAUAAAGGUGGUUUUCGACGAGGACGUGCAAGGAAAAUUGAUAAUGAUACAGACAUUUUGACCACUUUUUUGUUUGUUACUGAAGCAUGAAUGAAUGUGUAGGCCAUUCCACAUGAACUCACUGAAGAGUGAAUAUAUCAUAAAUAUCAUAAGGAAAAAGGAACCAAUAUAUUGGUACAUGUCUCUCAUUUUGAAAUAAAGGUGGAUUAAGAAAUCAUCUGUCUGGAUAAUGACCAUCAGAUUAGUAAAGAGAAGAUUGUCGUUUUGAUAACUUAUCUGGUUUAAUAUUUGACACCAUAUUGUACUUAAAAUGAUCCUAAAGUAACGGAAGUAAGGCGCUACAGUAAGCAGGGUGCUUUCACAUCCUAUAAUCUUUCAUGUAAGCGCUGUGGUUUAGCGGUUCUGACUCCACCUUGUAAUCAGAGGGUCGUGUAUUCAAAUCCCACCAUGGACUAGCGACCUUAGGCAAGGCGUCGAUCCACACUUUGCAACUCUCACACAUUAGGUAUCGGUAUAGGAAACAACAGUCACUCUCAACCCAGGUGCUAAUUGGGUACCUGCAGGAAACAACUGUCAUUGUGGUUGGUUCAGCAAGUGUGCGCCUAUAACAGGCACUAAAGGAGCUAUGAAUCCAGUGACCGGAUAAUAGCUUUUAGUAGUCGUAGAUUGAUAUCGCGCUAUAUAAAAUCAAAUUAUUAUUAUAUUAGAAUGAGGCACAAAAGGGAAGAAAGAAGAAGAAUAUAAAGAUAAAAGUUAUGUGACUUUAUGUUACAGUUACCCCUGUUAUUUGAUUGAGAAAAAAUAUACCUCUUUCAGGUCAUCUUUCCAACAUAUCAAAAUAUCAUUAUUCCACACCCCUUGCUUACCAAACAUGACAUUUUGCUAAUCCCUAUUUUAUCUUUAUCUUUGUAUCUAUACUAUAAAGAACUAAAACGAGAAACCCUCAGCUAUGCACACACAUUAUUGGUAUACUGGGUAGGAGCUUUAUAGCAAAAAAAAUUGGCAUAAGCUACAUGUACUAAAUGACCCUCUAACGUUUCAUAAUAUAUAUAUAUAUAUAUAUAUAUAUAUAUAUAUGUAUAUAAUGUUUGUGUGUGUGUAAAUAUGUGUAUAUAUAUAUAUAUAUAUAUAUAUACAUCAAAUUAUUUAUCAGUACAAACAUUUUUUGUGCAAAUUUAAUUUCAUUUAUGAUUAGUGAUUGCGCGUUUGGCAGAUUAGAAUGUACAGUAUAUAUGCUGUUUUAUACUUGGAAUAUGAAAACAUACGAAAUAAUAAUUAUCAAAACAAAAUA